GUGACAUUAGAAAUAUACUUAAGGUCGAAAUAACAAAUAGUGGCAAAACCCUAGAAACCCGCCGCUAUAUAUACUCAAGAGAACCCAACCCCUACGCCGCCGCCGCCGCACAUCACCUCCUGGUUCCAAGAUGUCGAAACGAGGGCGCGGAGGUUCCGCUGGUAACAAGUUCCGCAUGUCACUGGGUCUACCAGUGGCAGCCACAGUGAACUGUGCUGACAACACUGGAGCAAAGAACCUUUACAUCAUCUCCGUGAAGGGAAUCAAGGGACGCCUUAACAGGCUUCCUUCUGCCUGUGUUGGAGAUAUGGUUAUGGCUACUGUGAAGAAAGGAAAGCCUGACCUGAGGAAGAAGGUCAUGCCAGCUGUCAUUGUGAGGCAGCGCAAGCCAUGGCGCCGAAAGGAUGGUGUCUUCAUGUACUUUGAAGACAAUGCAGGAGUCAUUGUGAACCCAAAGGGAGAGAUGAAAGGUUCUGCCAUCACCGGACCGAUCGGAAAGGAGUGUGCUGAUCUGUGGCCCAGGAUUGCCAGUGCAGCGAAUGCUAUCGUCUAGUCUACACAACUAGCUUAAGUUUGAUAGUGUUCCUCUUCAAGUACUAGUUUUAAAACUUAUGGACCCUGAGGGGUUUCCUGGAUGAUGUAUGCUGCUGGAUUCUGGUCAGUUUCUUUUGAGCACAUUAUGAUAUGGUACUGGUUCUUAGCCUGACAUGUGGCAAGUUUCAGCUAAGCAGAGGUUUUGUUAAGAUUUCAA